AUGGACAACACUCCAGUCAACAAACCAAGGCCAUCUGGUCUUCCUAGACCUUCACGUCUCCCACGACCUUCAGCCUCGAGGGAAAACUUGCGACAGCAACAGCAACCUGCCCGGCCUUCGAGCACUAUAAGCAACCCACGUUUGCGAAGCACACUGUCGAGAGAUCAACUGUCUGCACCAACAUCCUCGAGACAACGGAUCACAGCCCCUGCUGCCAGUCAUUUACACCCGCGGCCAAUACAGCCCAAGACAAGCUAUAAUUCCUUUCGAAAGCCGCCAACGAUUGAACAAGAACCAUUUCGGCCAGCUUCAAGUGAGGAUGAGGAUGUCAAGGAACACAGAUUCUCUCCAGUAAUAAGCGAUGAUGAAGAGCUUUUGAGUGGGAGCUCGUCUUCUCGACCUUCCCUAUCCGAACGAACGAUGGAAACACUUCAGCAUAUUCCCCCAUCACCAGCUGUUCGGAGGAGGCAAUCGAACUUCUUCAAUCCCUCGGCGACUCCACGUUCUGUGUCUCGCGCGAGUUCAUCAUCCAGACCUGGAUCCAGUUAUCAAAAUGAUGGGUUUAUGAGACCACCAUCUCGCCGUUCUGCCAGCUCAAGACCAACAUCAAGUGCGGAUUCUGCUCAAUCAAUUACUGACUUCCGGUCAUCUUCGGGCACCUUCCGACCUCCACCCACGAAUUAUCAAGCUUCUACGCCGAUGAAACGACCAAGUCCUGCAAAGACACUCAAGACGCCAACGGUUCGAAGUAGCUUCAGUCCCGGAAGCAUAGCACAGCUUCCAUCCCCCGGUAAUGCGUUACAAAGAUCUCCAAGUCCGGUCAAACCAGAGAGAUUGCCUACAAUAAAAUCUGGUAGCAAGACAUUCAGUGCCCGAUCAGUGAAGGAGCGUGCCUCUGUAACCGGUCUGUUUCGCAAACCGUCAAUGCCUUUGAUGGACCAAUCGUUUGAGGCGGACAGCAUUGGUUUCGGCCCAAGGAAGAGGUCAUUGAAUUUCAGGGAUAUUCCUUCUCAGUCUGUCACAUCGGCGCCUAGUGAAGAUGUUACAGAGAAGCGCACUGCCAUGGACAAUAUCAGCCCUAUUGAUAGAAAGAGAUCAAUGAACUUUAAGAGCAUUCCUCAUAGACCUGUGACAUCAGCUCCCAGUGGAUCUGCUUCAACCGAAAAAACGGAAGAACCGGUUGCGCCAAAAUCAUCUUCAUCUCUUAGAGAUCAGAUUGCGAAAGCCAAAGCAGCAAAGCGAGCGGCAGCAACCGCAAGUGCCGCGAGUAACCACGACGAGGUACCUGUAGUUCCUACGGCGACUUUUGAUUUCGGCCUCUCGGAUGACCCCUUUAAUCAACGUAUUGAUCCAAACGCCAGUAAAGGCCUCCUCCGCAAGCGAAUUUCUGCUGCACGUACCGAUGGUCGCCUCAAUAUCGCUGCCAUGGGCCUCAAGGAAAUGCCUGAGGAGGUCAUGUCCAUGUACAACCUUGAUGCACUUGGUGAUCAGGGUGGAUCGUGGGCUGAAGCUGUCGAUUUGACCAGAUUUAUUGCCGCUGACAAUGAGUUUGAAAAUCUUGGUGACAACAUUUUUCCGGAUAUCGAUCCACGUGAAGCCAUGGAAGAUGAUGAAUUUGAAGGCAACAUUUUUGGUGGCCUUGAGACAUUGGAUCUGCAUGGAAAUCUGUUGAAAGAGAUUCCUCUGGGUCUACGUAGACUUGAGAAUCUGACAUCUUUGAAUCUGUCAAACAAUAAACUAGGUAAUGAAUGCCUCCCAAUCGUUACACAAAUCAAUUCUUUGCGGGAACUCAAAAUAGCAAACAAUGGUCUCUGUGGAACUUUGAGUCCAGAUAUAGAAUGUUUGAAAAAUCUCGAAGUUCUAGAAAUACAACACAACGCUCUUGAUACAUUUCCGGACACUCUAUCACAACUAGAUCGAUUGAGGAUUUUGAAUAUCACCGAGAAUAGAUUUCAAUCGUUACCUUUUGACAUUCUUAGCCAUCUACCCCUCAUUGAGCUCAUAGCUGUCAAGAACGGCCUCGUUGGUAUUCUCGUAACAGGAGCCGUGAAAAGCCUUCCACAACUUCAAGUUCUGGAUGUCACGAGUAAUGCAAUUACUGCUCUAUGCGAAUCAGAGCUUGAGUUACCUUCACUUCAUCAGCUGAGCUGUUCCUCAAACCGCAUUGCAACUUUUCCAGAUUUGACUUCCUGGGUAUCUUUACGAACACUUACAGCCGAAGAUAAUAAUCUUUCUGAGCUGCCAGCGGGAUUUGUCGAUCUCCUCAAGAUCAAAAAUGUCAAUUUUAGCGGCAAUAACAUCAAAGUUCUGGAUGAUAGAAUCGGUCGAAUGGAAAGUCUUGACAUCUUUCGAAUAAGUGGAAAUCCACUCAGAGAAAGAAAGUUCUCAGCAAUGUCAACCGAAGACCUGAAAAAUGCUCUACGAGCCCGAAUUACACCAACUGAGCAAGAGAAAGACGGGUUCUUGUCUGAGCCAAGUACCCCAACCAUCUCCAGUCGACCGUCGUCUUCUCAUUGGCCCGUCAAAGAUGGAGGAAUUCUCGAUCGAUCUAGCACAACUUCUCACUCCCUCAAUCCAGUGAUAGCUGCAGAAGUGGCUGCACGGGAUACAAUCAGAGUUUUGCACUUGCAACAUAAUCAAUUCAAAGAAAUACCCAGCUCUAUUGCUUUCUUUGCAUCUACUCUCACCUCCUUGAGUAUCGCUCAUAAUGAAUUGACGAGCGACACAUUCCUGAAGGAUGAUUUAGACCUACCGGCUUUGAAGGAGUUGAACCUUAGCUCCAACACCUUCAACUCUCUACAACCACUCAUACAGCAUCUGAAAGCCCCCAACUUAGAGAAACUCGAUAUCAGUUUCAAUCGUCUAACUUCGUUACCUGUUCUGAAGCCUCAUUUCCCUAGCCUGAUAUUCCUCAUGGCAUCGAACAAUACGAUCCGCGAAUUGCUGCCGGAAGCAGUUCAGGGCUUGAGACAUUUGGACUGCAGCAGCAAUGAAAUAAAUAGUUUAAACUCGCGAAUUGGGCUUAUGGGUGGACCAGAUGGACUGCAGACUUUGAAUGUCAGUGGAAAUCGAUUUCGUGUGCCAAAAUACACGAUAUUAGAGAAAGGUACAGAGGCUACAUUGGCAUGGUUGAGAGAUAGGAUACCCUCUGCGGGCAUGCCUUCAGAGGAAACUAGUCCGACAGAUGUCGAUUAG